AUGAAGAAUAACUGUAAAUGCUUGGUAUGUGGUAAAGCAGCUCGUAUAGACCCAGAUACGAACCAACAAUCUGAAUACUGUUCAAAAAGAUGUCAAAAACAAGCAGUAAAAUUAAAAUAUGUUGAAGCAUGUAAAAUAUGUGAAUCUUACCCAAGAAUGCUUGAAUACGGACAAAGGGUUGAAUGGUGCAGUUUAGAUUGUAAAGAACAAUUCUUGGAAGAAAAUCCAAAUUACAAGACAAUGAAAACACCAAGUAAAAUAGAAAAAUUAACUUAUAAAAUGAAUAAAGUUAAUAUAACAACAGAUUAUGAAGAUAUCUCACCUCCACCUUCGAAAAAAGUGCCAGAGAAGAUAGAAGAUGCUCCGUCUUUAUAUUAUUAUCCAAAAUCUGUUCCUACAAACCUUUUUACAGAUUCUUUAGUAAAUGAAAAAUCAUCUACUAGUAACAUGGAUUUUAAUAAUGAUACAAAUCAGAUUAAUAAUAACACGAACAAUAUAAGUCAGGUUAAUAAAGAUAUUAAUCAGACUAAUCGUAACAUAAAUCAUAUGAAUAAUCAGAAUCGAAAUCCCAAUAACCAAAAUUCUAAUAGACGAAAUUCUAACAAUAAAAAUCCAGCUAUCCCUCACAGUCAGAAUUACCAACAUCAAAGCCCUGCUAAUCAAAAUCAAAGUCUUGCUGUUCAACAUCAAAGUCCUGUUGUUCAACAUCAAUGUCCUGCUGUCCAACAUCAAUGUCCUGCUAUUCAACAGCAGAGUCCUGUAAUUCAACAGCAGAGUCCCGUUAUUCGACAACGGAGUCCCGUUACUCAACAACAGAGUCCUGUUACUCAACAACAGAGUCCUGUUAUUCAAAAACAGAGUCCUGUUAUUCAACAACAGAGUCCCGUUAUUCAACAACAGAGUCCUGUUAUUCAACAACAGAGUCCUGUUAUUCGACAACGGAGUCCUAUUAUUCAACAACCGAGUCCUGUUAUUCGACAAAAGAGUCCUGUUAUUCGACAAAAGAGUCCUGUUAUUCGACAACCGAGUUCUGAUAUUCAACAGCAGAGUCCUGCUAUUCAACAGCAGAGUCCUGCUAUUCAACAGCAGAGUUCUUGUGUUCAAAAACAGAGUUCAGCUACUCAGCAUCAGGACUUUGAUACUUCUGAUAUACAAGAAGAUUCAAGUACUCAAUUUAACGAAGGAAAAAACAUCAUUGACUAUGCAGCUCCACAUCAACCAGUUCAAAAACCACUUCAAACUAUACCACCAAUUGUAUAUAUGAACAAUCCUAAUCCACAACCAGUUUACGUUAAUAAUUCAAUUAUAAAUCCUGUUAAUGCAUAUACAAUGCAACCAAUAAUUUCUCAAACUUCGGCUGGUAACGUAGUUUAUCUUAGUAAUAACAAUGCGAUCAGUUCGACAUCGCAAAUGCAAACUAAAGUUGUACCCGCUUUUCCGAUAGAAUUGGUAAAUCAAAUCCAACCCGUUAAAUCCGGUAAGCAAGAUGUUAUAAUAGCUCAAGGUCCAACUCAACAGCCACAAAUUCAACAUCAGCGAAUUCAAACAAUUCAACAACCACAAAUGUUUGUCACCACUCCACCUGCUGUGACUACAUAUGUGAUUAAUAAUACAAAUGAAAAAAAUGCUGUUCAACCGGUUCAACAACAGAUACCGAUUCAACAACCGUAUCAACAACCAUGUCAACA